GAGAGAGGGCCAAGCUUAAACGACAAGACCAGAGGAACAAGUUUAGCGUUUGCGUUUGCGCUUGUACCAUGGCUUUAACUAAGACGAGUUGGGCUGUGGUUGCUUUUGCCGUUGCAGUGGCGAUGGCGAUUUCAUCGCCGUUGGUGGAGGCGCAAACGCCGAAUAACGCGUGUGCGGUAUCGUUGAUGCCCUUUGUGACGAACUGCUUCUUGGACGUGAGCGCGUCGCCGACCGCUGAGUGCUGCGGUAUGUUGAAGGCCGCGACCACGACGCAAGUGCGUUGCAUUUGUGACACUUACGUCAAUCACAAUAGCGAAUACGCCAAUCUCACUCAACCUAUCCUUACCGGCGUUUUCAACCAAUGCGGUCUCCCGGAUAAACUCUCCUGCGGCGGAUCUGGAACAGGAACAGGAGGAGGAGCAGACAGGGUUUCGUCAAUGGGUUUGAUUGGUCUGUUUGCAAGUUUGUUUUUAAUAAUUUUCUAUUAAAUUUUAUUACAUUAUGACAGAGUUUGGAUUCUAUCAAGUCGAGAGAAAGCCAAAUAAGUGAAUUCCGAUUUCAUUUAUGAUAUUCUGAAUGUAUUGUGUUUUUGUUUGCUGUUUGUUUUAAUCCCUCUGGAUGUUUUUUUUUAC